AAUGCUAGCCUCAUUCUCUCUCUCUCUCUCUCUCUCUCUCUCUCUCUCCUGUCCUGUUGUCACCUGCGCGAGACCAGCUCAUCUCUUCACAUCCAUCUAUCCAGCCUUGGUCAUCACAGCGUUAUCACUUUGAGCUUUAUUUGGAUUAUUCUUUACAAAUCCUGGCAACUGUAACAGAAAUAUACAAUGCUGCUUUUUCACCUUUAUACACGGGUUAGCCCCCCCCCCACCCCCUUCCAAACACCAAAAACAGGUGUAAUGUGAUGUGAUGUGAUGUGGAGCUCCGCGCUCGCGCCCAAGCUUCAGUCUCCUUAUCAGUACCAUCAUCAGUAUCAGUCUCAUCAUCAGAGACAUCGUCCCCAUGUCUCCAGCAUCGUCCGGGGCAAACAACACCAAUUCAGUUCCCCAUGACCAAACAGAGAGAAGGAGAGAAGAGCAAAGGCCCCAGCAGCAGUCACUGGUUGAGGCACUGUGGAGGGAGUCACACUGGAAAUGCCUUCUCCUCACACUGCUCAUGUAUGGCUGUGUGCUCGCUAUGACAUGGUGCUGCCUGGCCAAGGUGACGCGACUCAGCAUCGAAAGUAACCUCAAGAGCAGGUCGACGGUGUAUCAUGACAGUGCCUGCUCUGAUGGAUACAUCUACAUCCCUGUGGCAUUUCUGUUCACACUUUAUAUGCUGUACUUGGUGGAGUGUUGGCACUGUUCCAUGCGCUUCAACCUGCAGUAUAAAGUGGAUUUGGAGAGUAUAGUAGAGCGGGUGCAGCAUAUGCAGCAGGCCACACCGUGCAUCUGGUGGAGGGCCAUCGGUUACCACUAUGUGCGACGCACACGUCAUGUGACCCGCUACCGCAAUAGUGAUGCCUACAGUGCCACACAGGUGUAUCAUGAACGGGUCAACACACACGCAGCCGAGGCUGAGUUCGAUUAUGGAAACUGCGGUGUGAAGGACGUCUCCAAGCAGCUUGCCGGCAUGGAAGACUUCCAUAUCACCAAGCUGCGCUUCACCAAGUGCUUCAGCUUUGCCAACGCAGAGUCGGAGAAUUCCUAUCUGACACAGAGAGCACGGUUCUUCGCAGAAAACGAGGGGCUAGAUGACUACAUGGAGGCUCGUGAGGGCAUGCACCUAAAGAAUGUGGACUUCAGGGAGCAUGUAAUGGUUAUCUCAGACCAACUGCCAUGGUUUUUGAGGCGCUGUGUGUUUUGGAUAGCAGCGGUGAUGACGUUCUCUUGGCCCUUGCGCAUUCUCACCGAGUAUCGCACAGCUUAUCUGCACUACCAUGUGGAGAAGCUGUUCGGCUUUAAUUAUUUACACUACUGCCACCAAAUCUCCAGGGUGAACACAAUCGAUAGCACCGAACUAGAGUGGCACAUCCGCUCCAACCAGCAGCUGGUGCCCAGUUACUCUGAGGCUGUGCUAAUGGAUGCGAACGUGUCUGGCCGAGACUCCUUCUCUCCCCAGAACUGUGAGCGCUGCCGUCGGGCCUUGAGUGGCUCGUCCAUUUUUUCUCGCAGUGCCCUCAGCCUUUUUUCACUAGGUCAUGCAUAUGGCAGCCUGAACGAAAGCUCUGCCCCAGAGCACCACCAGCCAUCUCCUCCAACCUAUCAGGAUGCAUUGCGCUUCCCUGUGCUGAUUGUGCACCGCAGUGAUGGUUGCCUCAGCCAUGAGCAUCGCUUACUGCAUCACAACGGCUCCUGUGUGGAGACUUCCUUAUGACAGAUACAGGAAGUACUGAAAAACCUUUCAAUUCAAAGAGUGAAUGGAACUGCUUGUGUCAGUCUAGUAUUAUUAUGAUGGAAAAACUUAGUUUGGCCAAGUUUGAUGAGUACUGAGAACUUUUCUGUCCGUGUGAGCAAUGCAUUACAGCAAGCUGAUGGAAAAUGACACAGCUAGCUUCCUGCAGGCCAGCUUAUCUUUUUUGCCAUGAUAGUUCAAGCCUUAUUUAAUCUAGGAAAGAAAUACUAGUCUCGAAUCUGAAUCGGUGAUGGCAAGUAGUCAUGAACGGAAUUUAUUCCAAUGAUAAAAAUAACUUUACGCUGUUCAUGGAUGGAGUCAUCAAAAUGAAGUGAAUGAUGGAAAAUGAAACAUCUAGCUUCCUGAAAUUAUUAUGCCCUAUUUAAUAUAGGAAACAAAUACUGUCAUCUUGACACUGAAUCAGUGAUGGUAAUUUGUCACGAAAGGAGUUUAUUCCCACUGGGGGAAAAAACCCCUCUGAUCCCUAUGUUACUAUGGAUAAUGGAUCAUUAUAUGAAUUAAUAUAAACAUCAAAUUUGCUAAUAAAAAUGUAUUUAGAAAUGAUUAAAUCACUUGAAAUGGUAACAUCUGUGCAGCAUAAAAGCAAAUUAAAGUUUCAAGGCUGAAAAUGUGAAGAAUAUAAGUAAGAACGCAAUUUUCACCUUCAGUAUUCAGUAUUUUAUAGAUGUUAAUUAAUAUUGUGUAAUUACGCAUAAACGUAGUUAGCUAACACCCACAGAUUUUUGUUUUAUUACAUUAAGGUCACCAAAUUUAUGUCAUUUGAACAAUAUUAUCUAUUAACAGUAUAUUAAAAUGUAUAAUUUACUGAAGGAUAAUUUCUUCAUUUCAAAGGAUUCAUUUUCAAUCAGCAGCAGUUAAUACAAACAGAAGACCUUUGACCAGCAGAAGAACUGGACUACAUCAAUCAUUUUUCUUCCAAACUUAUUUAUAGUGAUUUAAGCCUCAUUGUAGAUCAUUCAAAACAAGCAAGUGUAUGGACACGAUUUUGAGGAUCAAAAUAAUUUAUUUAUUACAUUUGAUGCAUCUUUUUGCAUAGUUUAUCUUUUAAACAACAUCAUUUUUUGAUAUUUUUUGUAACAAAACCAUUCACCUGGAAUUUUGUUUCCCUGUGAGAAAUGCUUCCAUUUUUUAAUCUUUAAUUUUUUAUUUUUUAUUAAAAAGAAGAAUCAGCACUAGCACUAUAUUUUGAGGUGCCUAUGUGCUAGCCAUUUUAUUCUGUGCUGUGUUGUCUUGACUUGUGUAGUCGGUGCCGUCCAGAUUGCUCUUGUGAUUUUAUACUUGUGAUUCUCUUGUUUAGUGGUAUGAACCUGAACUGUGGGUUUUUAAAAAAAAAAACUUUGUGCUAUACACUGUAUGUCAGUCAACUGGUUUGUAAAUGUGUAAAAUUGUGAAUGUGUUCAAUACCGUAUUAAUUAACAGGCUUCCCAGGGCCCCUAUGAUGGAGGAGCCCUCAGUGGUGCUGGAGUAAAUGAGUAAACAAUAAAAAAUUACACUGACUAGGCAUAACAUUAUGACCACCUGCCUAACAGUAGCAACAGUAGCUCGUCUGUUGGAUCGGAUCACACGGUCCAGCCUUUGCUCCCCAUGUGCAUCAAUGAGCUUUGGCUGACAGUGACCCUGUCCCCGGUUCACCACUGUUCCUUCCUUAGACCACUUUUGAUAGAUACUGACCACUGCAGACCGGGAACACCCCACAAGAGCUGCAGUUUUGGAGAUGCUCUGAUCCAGUCGUCUAGCCAUCACAAUUUGGCCCUUGUCAAACUCGCUCAAAUCCUUACGCUUGUCCAUUUUUCCUGCUUCUAACACAUCAACUUUGAGGACAAAAUGUUCACUUGCUGCCUAAUAUAUCCCACCCACUAACAGGUGCCAUGAUGAGGAGAUAAUCAGUCUUAUUCACGUCACCUCUCACUGCUCAUAAUGUUUUGCCUGAUCGGUGUAUAUAUGUCAUAAAAGCAAUUUCUUAACAAAGGCUAUCUCUCUGUAGUGAGCUACAAUGCAGGGUCUUGGGUUCUGUGAGUGUGUGGAUGGAGGGCAGACGGAGUUAUGAGAAAUGGGACAGUGUCGAGUCUGAGUUACUUUAUGAAAACAUAAUAAGCUACUUUCACUGGAUAGCUUUGGAAUUGUGUCAUUUCUGGAAUGCAAUAAAAAGUAAUGCUGAUAAAAUAUGAACAGUGUGAUAAAUGUGUGGAAUUGAUAAAUGUGUGUUUCUGCAGGGUGGAUGGUCAGAAACUGUACGCUGUUCAUGGAUGGAGUCAUCAAAUGGUCAUUUCUUAAAGUGGUUAAUCUGGGAGAAGCAGUAAAGUCAUAAUUACACAAUCAGGGAAAAAACAGUGAUCAUCUAUUAUAAUUACAGCGCAGCAGAGUUAC